AGCGAGCGCGCCGCUCUCCAUCAGGGAGUCCAUUCAUCCAUCCGCCUCGCGUCCUCCUCAACUCCUUUCAAGUCUUUUUAUGUGGCCAGACGGCCGCUCCCGGAGACCGGAAGUGAGGGGACGGGAAGUGCGAGGCCGGGAUCUCGCUCCCCCCCCGCCCCCUGCUGCUCGCAGCCCCUCCAGUUGUCUCAAUUGUUGUCGGAGGCGGUUGGAGGUUGGCGGCAGCUGGCUCGCGCCGCCGUUAGACUCUAAAGGCGGCGACGGAUUAAGCCGCUGCGGCCGUCUGCGGUGGUCGCAGCCCGGUCCUCGGGCGCUCUUCUCCCUGGAAGCCCCGGGACGAGAGCCAGCCCUGGCUGCGGGACAAUGCCGGGCCCCUCCCCGCAUCCCCUGCCUAAGGCGUCUCCGAGGAGCUGCAGGCAGGAGGCACUUGUCACUCCCGUCACCGCCCCAGUCAUGCCUUCUCAGGACAGUGACCUUCCUCCAAAGAAACAAGAGAAGAUGGCUGAAUUUCAGGAAGCAGUGACAUUCAAGGACGUGGCAUUGGUGUUUACAAGAGAGGAGCUGAGGCUGCUGGACCUCACGCAGAGGAAGCUGUACCAGGACGUGAUGCUGGAGACCUUCAAGAACCUGGUUACCGUGGGGUGCUUUUCCCGCAAAGCAGACUUGGUAUCCCUGCUGGAAGCCGAAGAAAGGCUUUGGCUGAAGGAAACAAAAGCCCAGAGAAGUAGGUAUCCUGGCGAGAACGCAUGCUAUCCAUGUCGUUACCCUUGCCCGCUGGCCCAACGGAGCCUGAAGCUUUUCUAGCUGAAAUUCAAUAGAACCCAUUGCACAACUGCUAAGGAAAAGGGGUGAAUGCGCUUUAAUUGAUGUUGUUGGGUUGGAGCAUGGAUAGUCCUUGUGUCCUUAGCGCUCGUGGCUUUGUUUUUUCAUUUUUAAAUUUUAAAAGAUGUCUGUGUUUAUAUGCCACGUGUGUCUGGUGCCCGUGGGGCUGGCGUCGCUGCAGCCGGAGUUACGACGGGGAGUUGUAAGUUCCUUACUGUGGGUGCUGGAGUCCAAACUCAGGUCCUCCGGGACCAGUGUGAGCCAUUUCUGCAGGCCCGGGAGCGCUCGUGUUACACGUGGGGCAUGUGUCUGUAAUUUGUCUGUAAGUGGGUCACACCGAACUCUUGGGGGCCCGGAGCCCACCCUUGCUUCCAUGCUUCCGCCUCCAUGGAAACGUGAAGGACGAGGCAACCUUCGCCCUGGCUCGAUCGGGUCGCACCCAUGCCCUCAGUGUGGGGUUCUCCCCAGGCCGCCCUCAU